AGGACUUUCUUGGGACCCAGAACCACGUCACUUUUGCACCGGAAGAGGAGCAUAGCAGUGCCUGUUAGAGCCCCUUUCUGAUUUGAGCAUGCCGUGGGGCUGGAAAGGAAUGGGGGGAGGCACCCACCCCCAGGUGUGGGAAGGGCCUGGGAAGGAGAUUGGGACUGCCGAGGAAGAGACUGGGGGAAGAGGGGCUGGUGACAGCUGACCUGCUCCAGUCAGUUUGGGGCCAAAAGAAAUGUAAAGGAUGUUUGGUACGGCAUAUGCCUAAACUCUCUGGAAGGCUAGAGAAGAAUCCGUUAACCAGGCUGAAGGACAGAGAUGGGAGGGACGCUGAUUCUUCACUAAACUGUAUUCCCUUUUGCCUGAUUUUGAAACGUUUUAGAUGAAUGAAUUAUAAUCAAAAUAGAAAAUAUGGAUAGUUUAAGAAAAACAUGGACUGCCGGGUGGGGUGGCUAAAGGGAGGAUGCAGUCUGGGAUUCCGGGAAAGACCCCAGAUUGUGCUCCAGGGCCAUGCCUGCUGUUCACUACAUGGGUGGCUUUGGAUGAGUCACAUGUCUUUUCUGAGAGCUCCAAGCUCCUCCUCGGUUAAAUGAGGCUAAAGGAAACAUUGAGGGAUUCACUUGUGGUGGCAGCUGUGGAAACCAGAGCAUGGUGCCUGAUACAUGUAAGCAGUUGGCUGCGGGAUGAGUGGCAUGACUGAGAUCCAGUUGGCAGGUGUUUCCUAGGGCCGGCUCCGUGUCAAGCACUGGGAUGUACAGCAGGGAUGCAAAGUUAAGGCCCCAUCUUGGCCCUUACUGGGCUCACAGUCUGACAGAGGAGAUCAUCAGCAAAGGCAAACUUCAAUAUAAUGUGGACGGUGGGUCCCCGGGCCUGUGGGAGUGGCACCUGUCAGAGGCCUCAGAAAAGUGAAGCCUGAGCUUGACAGAUGAAUAGGACUUUCAGUAAAGACGGGAGGAGGAGUGUUCCAAGUGGAAGGAAUGGCUAGAGCAAAAACUGUGCGAAACAGCAUAAGACAUGCAGGAAACUGUAAGCACAGAGCCCCUGAGGGUGGGAGAAGGGAAGGGGGUACUGAGAUGAGGUUGGAAUAUGAGGCAGAAGCUGGACCACUGAGGGGCUGACAGAUCAUGCUGAUGGUGGAACAUCAUGCAGUAGACACUGGGGCUCUAUAGGAGGAUUUCGAAGCAGGAUUUCUGAGCAGUUUAAGGUCUGCUGCUGGGCCUCUACCAUGAUUUAGCACAUUUCUUUGGGAUCAGGUGGAUGUUAGAGCGCUGAACAGCCAGGUGCAAGAGCAGAAGCUUCGGGAGGAAACAGAGCGGAGCCAGGAGGCAGCUUACGGUGCCAACUAGGUGCACUUUCACUUUGACCUGGUAGCCCGGAUGCUAGAGAAGACAGAGGAAACACGAAAAUAUUGGCUGCCCCCAAAAGUCCAGGAGUUUCCAGAACAGGAGCAGCAGCUCACGAAGAUGCAUGAAUUUGGCCUUUGGGAUCCCGACCAACCAUGGAAGGGGUAUUCGGCCUGUUGUGGUGACAGUAAGCCCCAAUGUGGCCCAGCCAGCAUGCAGUGCCUCUCUAGGGAGGACCUGGACAGGACCACGUGCCGGAGAAUGCAGCAGGAGUUCAGGCACAGCCUGGGGAAGCAGGUGAUGGAGCAACAGCAAGCCAGGGCUGAGGAAAUCAGUGCAGAUGAGCUCAGAGACAAGCUGCGCCUAGCCAUGGACACGCGGGCCGCCCAGCUGGCCAAGCUGGAGGAGUCCUAUUGCAAAGCCAUGAGGUAUGCCGUGGCCAACGCCAACAGAGUCCAGGCAGCUGCGCAGGCUGAGCGGAAGCGCCAAGAGCGUCAGCGUGAACAGGCUGCCAGCCUCAAGGACACCCGGCACCAGGUCAACAGCAGCCUCCUGACUGGGAAACACAUCCCCCACCCCGCUGAGGCUCCCUCCCAGGUCCUGCCCCAUUCCUGGAAGGGCAUGACUCCAGAGCCUGGAACUACCAUCAAGAAAUCCCAGGAGACCCAACGUCAUGAAAAGGAGGCACAGCGCCAGGCCGAAAAAGCACUGGAAGCCAAAUGGGGAAGCCAGACCGUUAACCUGGCCCAAGCAGCCUUGGAGCUAGAAGAGCAGGAGAAGGAACUGUGUGCUCAAUUCCAGAGGGGGCUGGGCUCCUUCAACCAGCAGCUGGCUCAGGAGCAAAGAGUCCAGCAGAAUUACCUGAAUUCAAUAAUCUACACCAAUCAACCUAUGGCCUAUUACCUACAGUUCAACACCAGCAGUCGCUGAGCUCAAGAUGGUUGUCUCUUCCUCCCUCCACCCCCAUCUAACUCACAGAAGCUACAGAGUCUAAGAAGAAAAUGUUACAGACCCUCCUGACCACAAUCCAUUCCCCAGAGAUAGCUGAGCCAGUACACCCACCUUUGAGCCUAGGUAAUAAAGUUAUUCACUAAAAUCAA